AUCAGUCAGAACCGACAGUGGCAGUGCUUAUGUGUGGCUGGAGCUGCACUGCUGCCUCUGGCCUGCUAAUAUGUUAAGCUGUUCCUUGUGUGGGAUGCCAGGACUCCCUGUAAAGCAUUUCACUAGGUGGAUCCUUGUAUAUUUAUUGACCUUCACCUCCUAUUGAUUUUCUUUUACAGAGUUAAUAAUCUUGGCCUGACAUUAAGCUGCCUAUGGAUCUCUUGUUGUGCCCAUCCUGCCAGCAGAUCCUGUGGGAUCCAGUGACUGUCCGCUGCGGGCACAGUUUCUGCAGAAAAUGCCUCCAUGGACCCCCACCCAGUAGGUGCUUGCUUUGCAAACAGCGGCUUCACAUCAGGGGUCCCCAGGAUUUAAAGUGCAACACUCUUCUGUGCGAUCUCCUAGACAAGUGCCUGGAUAGAGAAACCAAACUGGACAGGAUCACGAGGGAUCUGCAGGACUUGAUAUCCCAAAAGGAAUACGAGGAGGCUGGGAAAUUAGCCUCUAAAGGGAUUGGUCUGGCUCCUGAGGACAUUAUCCUGAGAACGCUGCGCUCACAGGUGUUUGUGGCUUUAAAGCAGUACCCCGAAGCUCUCCGAGAUGCAGAGUUGAUAUGUAUCUUACAGCCUCAAAAUCCAGAGGGACAUUAUAGAAAGGGAACAGUGCUGAUGCAUAUGAAGGAACAGAAAGAGGCUCUAUUCCAUUUACAUCAAUGUUUGCUGCUUGAUUCACAAUUCUUCGCAGCCCGGAGAGAAAUGGGACAGCUUUUGGAGGAUCUCGGCUGCUCGGUGCCUUCUACUACUGAAGACUUGAUGGAAGAGACGUUUCGUUACUUAAAAAUAUCCAGUAUGGACACCACCCGCCUCGUAAUUCCCAUGGAAGCUACUUACACCAUGUCACAAUCUGACAGUGCCUGCACUAAACUCCACCCCACGACAGCGGAGGAAAGGGCAUCAUUCAUGAAUCAACCAUCUGAAGUGCCCGUAAAGACUUCAUCUAGUUCAAACCAAGAGCACCCACCAGACAAGGAAGAACAUGCAGUUGGAAUUGGAGAUCAUAAAUUGGAAGAAGAGAAGCUGAUGUGUUGCCAUGAUUCCCGAUCUUCAUUGAGAGACCUCAUCAGCCCUUCUGACGUUGAAUGCUCUCUCUGUAUUAGAAUGUUUUUAGACCCUGUCACUACACCCUGUGGUCACACCUUCUGCAAAGAGUGUCUUGAGCGUUCUAUGGACCAUCGGCCAUACUGUCCAUUGUGUAAACAGAGUCUUAGAGAGUAUUUAAGAUUAGGGCAUUACCCAGUCACUGCCCUACUGCAAGAAAUCAUGUCAUUCAUAUUCCCUUUGGAAAUGACCGAGCGCAAUCAAGUCCAUCAGUCUGAAAUAGCUGAGCUUUCCAAUCUCGUCCAAAACGUGCCAAUUUUCGUUUGCACUAUGGCCUUUCCUGGCAUUCCCUGCCCACUCCAUGUCUUUGAACCGCGUUACAGACUUAUGAUGAGACGCUGCCUUGAGACAGGAACAAAGAGCUUUGGCAUGUGCCUGUAUGAGAGUGGCAAGAGCUUUGCUGACUAUGGCUGCAUGCUGGAGAUCUUGAAUUUAGAUUAUCUGCCUGAUGGACGCUCAUUGGUUGAGACAGUUGGUAGGAGACGUUUCCGAGUGAUAAAGAGGGGACAGAUCGAUGGAUACCACUCCGCAGAAGUAGAGUACCUUGCAGAUAAAGUUCUGGAAGGGGAAGAGUUGCAGGAAACAGAACAGUUACAUGAUAUUGUGUACCAGCAAUUAGAGGAAUGUUUCUCCCAGAGCCAAGGCAGCCUCCCUAGCCGGAUCUUUAUGCAACACAGCCAACCACCUCUAAAAGAGGACAAUAUACAGGCUUCUCCUGAUGGACCAUCUUGGUGUUGGUGGCUUUUGUCUAUCUUGCCCUUGGAUCCAACCUACCAGUUGCUGAUAAUGUCAUUGACAUCUUUGAAAGAGAGACUUUUACACUUGAAGCAUAUUCUAUCGAUGUUCCUUUUAAACCAAUCCUAAAACCAAUCCUAAUCCUGUGACUGCUUUGCAAGCAAUGAAGCACAAGAAAAACAUCCAUAUCCUUUUUCUUAUCCAUGUUCCUUAAAAAAAGGGAUUUCUAAAGUUUACUGAGUGUACUGUUUGCCGGAAGAAAGACAAUUCUAUGACCAUUUCCUGCCUGCCACAUUUAUAGGGAAUGUAUUUCUUGCCAUCCCUCUAAUAGAUUUUUAUCUCAUUCUUUUCACAUAUAAGUGAUGGUGAAAUAACACGAUUUUUAUCACUUAACAUAAAGGACUUAUCUGACUAUAAGCUACAUAUAAAGAAUGUGUUUUUAAUCUAUUCAUGAAACUGCUGAUCUGUGCCCUUCUUUGCUAAGCAUUUUCAGAUCAGACAUUAAAUUAAAAUUUGUUUCCUCCUG